AUGGUGCGCGGCAGUUGGACCGACUUUUUACAACCAAAAAGUCAUAAGACAAUGAACAACGCUUCAACGAAAUUCUCCGAUAACUAUGAUGUCAAAGAAGAACUUGGAAAAGGUGCUUUCUCGGUGGUGCGACGCUGUGUCCAUAAAAGCACGUGUGCCGGGAUUCGCCGCGAAAAUCAUCAGCACGAAAAAGCUGAGUGCUCG